AUGGCGGGCGAUCGAAGCCGCAGCCGCAGCCGCAGCCGAGUGCGGAGUUCAUCCUCCUCCGAGGCUGCUUCCGAAGCGCCGUCGGCGAGACAAAGCUCUUCCGCGCCGGCUUCCGACGACGACAUCGAGGACUGUGAGGAGGGCCAGAGCCUCCAUGCCAUUCGUCCCGGAGUCCUGCUCUGUGACCGCUUCCGCGUUCGUGGGCGGCUUGGAACAGGAGCAUUUGCCACUGUCUGGCUCUGCGCUGACGAGGAGCAGGAAGAGUAUAACUUCGGCUAUGUGGCUCUGAAGGUGUACAGGGCCGUGGAUCGCUACCAGCUCUACGCUUCGGAGGAGAGUGGUCUCCUGCGCGAUGCGGCGGAGCUGGCAGAAUCUCGCCCGCCAUCCUUGGUGGGCCUACUGGGGCUCUUUCCCCACCAGGGCCCGGCAUGCCAGCAUGCCUGCGUUGCCCUCGAGCUUCUGGGGCCCUCCGCACUGGAGAUGGCCGAGCGCAGCCGAAGUUCUCGGCUUCCGCUGCCUCUGCUUUGCUGCGCCCUGCGGGGUGGACUCCGGGCUCUGGACUUUCUUCACAGGGAAUGCUCCAUCAUCCACACGGAUGUGAAGCCCGAGAAUAUCCUCAUCAACAUCCCGCCCGGUUCGGCCAUGUUUGACAUCCUGAGGAAGCUGCCCUUCGGCCGUGCCGAGCGCCUUCGUCUCAUGGAGGCGGCGCUUCGGGAAGGUGCGUCGGCAACAUUCAGCCUGGUGGACCUGGGGAACAGCUGUACCAGGGACCGCCAUGUCUCGGUGGACAUCACCACCAUGGAGUACAAAGCGGUGGAGGUCAUGCUGAAUGCGGGCUACGACACCGGAGCUGACAUUUGGUCCAUGGCAUGCACGGUCUACGAGCUGGCUACUGGUCGCUACCUUUUCGAUCCGCGGCGGAGCUUUGCCCGGCCGCAAGCGCUGCCAGCCCGUCCUGCUCUGGCCAACGGGCCGGAGCAUGUCGCCCAGAUCGUCGAACUGCUCGGGCCCCUGCCGUCGUCGCUGCUGGGCCGUAGCCGCCGUCUCGGUGCCUUCUUCCGAACGACGGCGGGAGGUCUUUUGGAAUCCGCCACGUGGCCUUUCCAGUCUCCGGAUGGCUCCGAGGUCGCAACGUCCAUGUCGACGCUUCCUCGAUGCGCCCUGAUCGGGAGGCUUGCGGAGCACCUGCCCGAGGAGCCCUCGAAGUUGUUGGCACAGGUCUUGUCACCCAUGCUGCAGGCCGAGCCGAAGGAGCGCAGCACGGCGCAAGAGGCGCUGGAAAAGCUGCAGCA